AUGGAAACACCAACUGCACCUAUAGCAUCAAAUACAACUUUAGCAUCAACUGCAGGAGCAACAACAGAGUGUUCAUUACAACAAAUACAAAAUUACUUAUUAAAAGUUGUCGAUCAAAAUAAAGAAAUAUAUGAUGAGUCAAAACGAUUACGUGAUGAAGUUCAAGAACUACGAAAUGGAGUACAACAACUACGUCAAGAAGUACGUGAAUUACAUCAAGUCAAA